CUUUUUCAUCUCAUCGAAAUCAUUCAAAAUAAUCUCAAAAUCUCAAGAAAUCAAAACCCCCUAGAAUUCGAAGCAAUGGCACCAAAGGCAGCGGAGAAGAAACCAGCCGAGAAGAAGCCGGCAGAGAAAACACCAGCAGCGGCGGCGGAGAAGAAGCCACGAGCAGAGAAAAAGCUUCCGAAAGAAGGAGCCUCCGUCACCGACAAGAAGAAAAAGAGAACGAAGAAGAGCGUGGAGACGUACAAGAUCUACAUUUUCAAAGUUCUGAAGCAAGUUCACCCUGACAUUGGUAUUUCCAGCAAGGCCAUGGGCAUUAUGAACUCCUUCAUCAACGAUAUCUUCGAGAAACUUGCUCAAGAAUCCUCAAGACUUGCUAGGUAUAACAAGAAGCCUACCAUUACUUCUCGGGAGAUUCAAACUGCUGUGAGAUUAGUUUUGCCUGGAGAGUUGGCUAAGCACGCUGUUUCUGAAGGGACUAAGGCUGUCACCAAGUUUACUAGCUCUUGAAAAUUAGGGUUAGGGUUAGGGUUUCAGUUUUUCCUUUUCGAUGUAAAUGAUUUGGGUUUCUUGCUCAAUUUAAUGAAAUUUAUGAUUUGAAUUCCUAA